AUGAUUAAAUUUAUAAGGUCAAAACAUAUUUCGAGAUCGAAUUUACAUUCUAAUUUAAGAGAAUAUCGUUACAUAAAUUCUUCGAUAUCGUUUAAAAGUUGUAAUAUAAUUAAAAGGUUAGAAAACAAAACUACAGUGCAAUUCACCAAAACUAGUGAAUUUUCACCUGUUCAGACAAUUGCAUGUAAUAAUUAUUCUACAGCGACAGAACAUGUUUCUGUUUCGUCCGUUUCUUCCAAAUUAAACUAUAUUUCUCCAGAUCCGUUAAACAUAAAUAGUCAAUUAGUGAUUCUUCCCCAGCCUCGCUAUACUCCAAGAGAAGCGGGAAAAAUACAUUCCGGUGCCUUUUCAGAACACCUCGCUGUUUUACGAGCGUGCUUAAAAAUUGGUGAAAUAGAACGCGCCAGGCAUAUUUUAUCCAGUUUAAAUAAACAAUGUACAAACGAUGCGAAGCAAUAUCUAGACAUAAAGUUGCAUAACGAGUUUAUCGAAGCAUACUUGGAAGCAAAACCACCUAGAAUCAAUGAAGCUUUACAGUGGUUCGAUCAGUUGAAUUAUCAUGGACUAACCCCCGACUUGGCAACGUUUUCCAUUUUAAUAAGGGGUUAUCUGAGACUGGACUUAGAUUUGCUCGGAUAUUCGAUGCUAAAUGUUUUGGUAAAAGAAAUUGAAGAAUGUGGAUACUCAUUUGAACAAUUAAUUGAAAGUAAUUUAUUAUCCGACAAAGAAACUGAAAAAGUAUUACAUUUAUUACGAACAGAUCCAGAAUCAAAUACAGCAUCAAAAGAACUUUUAAAAAAAAUUGAAAAUGUUAUUGAGAAUCAGAAUCCUGUUUUAAAUGAAGAAUUAAGUUUAGAUGAGCCGGUUCCUACAAAGUCGUUUGGAGUAAAAAUUAUGAAAAAUGCUCUUUUAGCCAUUAAGGAAAGAGAAUUAGAUCUAGUUAAGCGACAAAUAAAAUUGGAAGAGAAUGCAUUACAAGCUGCUAUGGGACGUUGGAAACAUGAAAACGAGCAGCGUAAUCGAAAGGACAAACUUGCUGGUUUACAAAAGAAUGUAUUGAAAAAAUCGAUGUGGAUGUGGCACGAAAAGUUAACCCCUUUAAUUCAAGAGGAAUUGGAGAGAUGUAAAAACAAGGAAACAUUACUAACCGAUAAGGAACGCGCCAGUUAUGGACCAUUUUUGCAAUUAUUAAAUGCCGAAAAACUUUCAGCUAUUACAAUAUUGGAAUUAUUGCGUCAACAUGGUGUAGGAGGAGUUAUUGAAGGAAUGAAAACCACCCGCGCUGUGCUUUCGAUUGGCAAAGCUGUUGAGAAUGAAUAUAAUUCAGAACAAUUAAAGAAGAAACAAAAUCGCAAUAGCGCGUUCAAAAAAGAUUUAAAUGUCCAUGAGCUUUUUUCAUCCGGAAAACUUUUCAAUAUGGCAAUCCGUCGAGAAGCGGCAAAAAUUGAGACAAAAGAUAUGGAAACGAAUUGGAAUCCGGAAUGGCCAAUAACCGUCAGAGCCAAAGUUGGUUCUAUCUUGGCUUCUAUGUUGUUGGAAUGCGCAAAUAUUCCAACUACUACUAUUAAUCAUGAAACAAACGAGGAAAUUUGUAUGGAAGCACCCGCUUUCUAUCAUUCAUAUAUUCAACACAGAGGGAAAAGGAUUGGUGUUAUUAAGCUUAACCCACAAUUAAUUCAAUACUUGUCAAAAGAACCUGUUAGAGAUAGUGUACAUCCACGAAUGUUACCAAUGUUAGUACAUCCAAGGCCUUGGUUGACUUUUAAUAGUGGUGGAUAUCUUACAUCCCCAAGUAUGAAUUUAAUUAUAUCUGUUAUUUGCUCUUCAAGAUAUUCGAAAAAAAAACGUGGAUUGAGAUUGGGAUUAAACUUCGACGCCAUUAUUGAAUUUGUUUUAUUUCAAUCUUACUCAUGGAGUAAAUCUCAAUCACAAUCACCAUAUGCCAUGAGAGCAAAAGAUUGUCCUGAACAGUUAGCUUAUCUGCAAAAAGCAUCGGAAGAAGGAUACUUGGACCGUGUCUUCGCAGGUUUGGAUGUUCUGGGAUCCACGUGUUGGGUAGUCAAUAAGAAAGUAUAUAAAAUUGUUUUAGAAGUUUGGAACAAAGGAGAGGCAUUAGGCAAAAUACCACCAGCCGAAAUAGAUUUAAAGGCUCCUGCUAAACCUGAAAAUUAUGAGACUGAGAUGCAUGCAAAAGUAAAAUGGUUUAAAGAGUGUAGAGCAAUUUCUCGUAAAAUAAGUAAUAACCAUUCUGAAAGAUGUACAGCAAAUUAUAAAGUCGAUAUUGCUGGUGCCUUUUUAAAUGAAACUAUGUACUUUCCUCAUAGUCUUGACUUCCGAGGUCGUGCAUAUCCGAUACCACCACUGUUUAAUCACUUAGGAAAUGAUUUGUGUAGAGGUCUGUUGCUGUUCAAAGAAGCCAAACCAUUAGGUAAAAAUGGGUUGAAUUGGCUCAAGAUUCAAAUUGCCAAUCUAGUUGGGUUUGACAAAGCUUCUUUCGAAGACCGUAUAAAAUUUACAAACGAUCACAUUGAAGAUGUAAAGGAUUCUGCUAUAAAUCCUCUUAAUGGUAAAUGCUGGUGGAAAGAAGCCGAGGAUCCUUGGCAAUGUUUGGCAGCAUGUUUUGAAUUACAUGAAGCAUUGGAAUCUUCAGAUCCGGCAAAACAUCUAUCACAGAUUCCGAUACAUCAAGAUGGUACAUGUAAUGGAUUACAACAUUAUGCAGCACUUGGUGGUGAUUUGGAAGGCGCAAAACAGGUCAAUUUGUAUCCUUCAGAUAAGCCAUUUGAUAUAUAUACUGGUGUGGCUACAAGAGUAAAUGAAUUGUUGGCAAGUGACGCAAAAAAAGAUGAUGAACUAGCAAUAAUAUCUUGUGGCAAAAUUACUCGUAAAGUCGUCAAACAAACUGUGAUGACUAGUGUUUAUGGCGUGACUUUCGUUGGGGCCAGGUUACAAAUAGAAUCCCGUCUUAAAGAGAUUGAAGACAUUCCUCAGGAAAAAGUUAGAGAUUUAUCGUUAUACAUUACUAAACUCGUAUUUAAAUGUCUUGGAGAAAUGUUUCAUGGAGCUAGAGCUAUUCAAGACUGGCUUGUUGAAUGUGCUAAGCGGAUUUCAAAAAGUGUACCAUCAGAAGUUGUAUUUUCGGAUCAAAGUUUAUCUGAACAUAGAAUUGAAGGUAAAAAUUUUAUGGAUAAUGAUCUAGAAAAUUUACAAGAUUCAUCUGGGAAUGGGAACGAAGAAAAUAAUAUGAAUAAUAAUAUAAAUGAAAUAAAUGACGACGAGGAGAAUAAACAUAACAAUUUGACUAAUAAAAAAAGAUCUAUUGUCAUAAUACCACCUAGUAAACCCGGUCUAAAUCAAAUGACAACUGUAGUUUGGACCACACCAUUAGACUUGCCUAUUGUACAGCCUUAUCGUAAAUUAGGCAAGAAAGCCGUCAAAACAAAUCUUCAAACUAUUAACAUUGAAGAUCCAGGUGUUCCUAGUCCGGUGAAUUCUAUUAAGCAACGGGCGGCAUUUCCUCCUAAUUUUAUUCAUUCACUUGAUGCGACCCAUAUGUUAAUGACUGCACUGGGUUGUAAGGAAAAGAAUUUGGAGUUUGCUUCUGUGCAUGAUAGUUUCUGGACACACGCUUGUGAUGUGGAGGUUAUGAAUGAAACAAUACGUGACCAAUUCGUCAAACUUCAUGAACAACCUAUCAUGGAGAAUCUUCGAAAUGAAUUUAUCAAGCGUUAUAAAGGAUAUAAAGUUCCAAUUAAAAUCGUUCCAAAUUCUCAAAAGAAUAAGGAUUCAAAACUCAGAGAAUUUGCAAACACUUUAAGUGCAAAUGAUAUAAUUGAUCUGGGCAAUGAAGCAGCAAAAUCAAUAAUUGACAUAACGGAAUUUGACAGUAUAUCGGACGAUUUACUUGAUGAGGAACAUGAU